GUCAGUUUAUGAUGUCAAUGUUUGAACAAAUACAUAAAUAUAUUACCAAUUUAAAUUUACCGCUUUCAACAAAUCAGAUGGCGUAUCAUAUUGAUCUAGUAAUAUAUGAGAAACGUUGUUCAGGACAAUUAGUACUCGUGGUCAUUCUUACCUUUCAAAGUGAGAAAAUUCAUUUAAAAUGGGUAAAACAUUUGGAGAGCUUGCAAAAGUUUCUGGAGUCACAUUCUUUCGGCUCAGUCCAUAUGAGCAGAAGCCAUUUGCUGGAGUGCUCACAAACGGAGUGCGAAAUACAAUACGCAGGUUUAAUGAUUCUAUGGUAACAUUUGUACCUUUUGGUCUUAUGACUUACAUGCUUAUGGAAUGGGCAGAUGACGAAUAUCAUAAGAGCCAGCGUAAAAACCCAGCAGAUUUUGCAAAUGACAAGUAAAAUAUAUGUCAAUAAUUAAUAGCAAACAAAGUACAUGUAAUUUUAAGUUAGAAUAAAAUUAACCACACGUAAUGUA